CUUGACCCAUUUACCGUGUGGCACUUGGAGCUGUGGAGGUACUGGUGCUGUCUGAAGCCCACGCCACUUCCACUUUCGUUGAGGCGCGACUUUCUUUAACAAUUGCCCAUGGUUUUUUUUGUUUGUUGGCCCUCUAGCUGGGCACCAGUGCUUGUGGGAUUUGUCAGAGCUUGUUGCUGGCGCUGGCGCUGCCACUUUGUAACCAGUUUAAUGACGUUGACGUCUGCGCCUGCGUCGACGUCUAUUCUCUACGCCAACGCCGACGCUGGUUCUCGGCUGGCUGUUUAUAAAAAGUCUUUGGCCAACUUUCUUGAGCUUCAUUCGCGUCUCAGACGCGAUCGUCAACGUCUCGUGCACAAUGAAAGCAGUGCUCUACUUUUUGCCGCUGCUGGCCAGUGCCAGCUUUGUGUCUUCUCUGCCAUCGCUUGCUGCCAAGGAAAGUGCACUGCCCGGCUCAUUUGUCAGUGAGGUUUCCCAGCUGAUUGCCACGCAGUUGCUGAAUCACAACAAGGACAUCGACGCCAACCAGGUGUAUUCUCCAGUGGGAGUGGUAACCAUUUUGGCCACGCUAGCAGAGGCAGCUGAUGGCGAAACCUACUCAGAGUUUGGCCAAGUCCUUGGCUUUCCCAAGGAACGCCAGGACCUGAGAGCAGGCUUUGAGCCAAUUUUGGCCGGCUACCAGAAGAAAGAUACAGGCACUGGGUUGCCCUUGUUCCAUACCUAUUUCUAUGUCUAUCGCAACAACAGCGCGCGCGAGGACUACAAGGAGCUGCUGCAGCGUCACUACUACACCGAGAUGCAAGAGCUUUAUAGCAAGGAGUAUGACUUGGAAGAGCAAAGCAACUCGACGCCGGAGGGCAGCGGCACAGAUGGGGACAGCACAGAGCCGAGCAAUAGCAAAGAUGUCAUCGGCUUUGAGACACUGAAGCGCAUUAACCUGGACGAUGAUGCUCCCGUUGGCACCCCCAAUGACAACUAUGGCGAGGAGGUAAUCAAUAAGGAGGCAUCCAAGUUCGAUCGCGAUGUGGAUGACAAGCAGUAUGUGGAAAAACCAGUUGCCCUAGCCGAGGAGGAAGAGUUACAGCGGGAGCGGCUGACCACCGAGCAGACAGCAACGGAUGCCGAUAGCAGCAGCACAGAUGCACCACUGGAAAAACUAGAAAAACCAGCUGAGAUCACCCUGACCGUAAAGGAAAAUCUUGCUGAGAAGCAGCAGAACAAGCGCAGCGAUGCCAAUGCCGAACAGAAUCCAAAUGUGGAGGAGAACGAGACGGUGCAGGAGGAUGAAAAGCUGCGCAAGCUGCCAAACGAGCCAAACACUGCUGGCAGCCAGGUGACCGACAGUGAACCCGAGAAGGUGAGCCUGCCACUGCAGAAACUGGAAAAUGCUGUCAAGACAAUGGUCAAGGAGGGCGCCGACGAGAUUAUGAUUGCACUCGAAUCGCAUCUCAGCUCAGUGGCUCGGGUCUACGGGGCUCGCACUCUCUUCGGCAAGAAUGACAUUGCCUGCGCACUGAGCGUCAGCUCCGUGAAAGGUCGGAUGAUUGAUGAUAGGACUAAGAUGUUGCUCUUCAAUGGACUGUACUUCCACAGCAACUGGAGUCAGCCUUUCUAUCAGCUGCGCGACGGCAGCGACGAGUUCUUCUUUAUGACAAAUGAUGACGCCAUGAAGGCGCCCAUGAUGCACUCCCGAGGCAAGUUCAACGUAUCCGAUUUGCCCCACUUGAAGGCGCGCCUGAUCUCUCUGCCCUACGAGAACAACCAGUACAGCCUCUACAUUGUGCUGCCCAACGAGCCCGAGGGCCUCACCGAGGUAAUCGCACAGCUACAGCCCAGCGACUACAAGUAUGCACAAGAGCAUAUCCAUCUCAAGGAGCUGCAUGUGACGAUGCCCAAGUUUCGGGUGAUUGAGAUCUCUCGUUCCGAGGCAAUGUUCAAGCAGAUGGGUCUCAAGCGUAUGUUCUCCCGCACCGAGGCGCAGCUAAAUCGGCUGUCCGAGGAGCAGGAGCUGUUUAUCGAUGAGAUUGUGCAAUAUGUGAGCGUGCGCUUCGACGAGGACGGCAGCAGCAUCAAUUCCAUGUCUGCGGUCAACGUUCAGGGCCGUUCACCGAUUGCCACCGAAGCAGCUGCCUCGCUGCCAGUGCCAGAGCCAGAGCCAGAGCCAGAGCCGGGCGUAGAGCGUUUCGAUAUCAAUCGUCCAUUCGCCUAUUUCGUUAUGGACUGCAAGAAUCAGAUUGUGCUUGCUUCCGGCAAGGUGUACGCGCCCGAACCCGUGGAUGAUGUGCCGCCUGUGACCGUGGAGGUGGAGCUGGAGCAGUCAUAGAUCGUCCCGCAUCAAUCACUAGCUCUUAAGUUUCGUAACGAAUUUUCACCGAUGCGCUUCGUGCAAUUUUCAUAAUGCUAAGUGCUCACAAGCAAUAAACAAGAAUUUCAUUUUCCACAAAAAACGAAAAAUCAGAAAAAAAAAUAGAAGUGGAAUCCUGCCGAGGCCGCCUCGGAUUUUCCCAGCCACUUGAGCAGACGCAGCCUAGCGGACUCAGCGACCAUUUGCUGCGCAAUCAAAACAACAAUUAAUUCGCUUACUCGCUGACUAACAACAACAAUAAUAAGCGCCUGACGGAGCGGCAGCAAGAUCAACCCUCAGGAUUCAAUUGUC